AUGUCAACACGCACGCCAAUGCAGCGCCUACUGCUGCAACAAACUGGUUAUUCACCCCUCACCACCUGCCUCCCUCAACCAUGCUCGCGACAACCCAGCACCCGCUUCUUCAGCACCAGCCCUCGUACCUCCGCCGGCGUACGCAAGUCCAAGUCCUUUGCACCACAGCAGACGGGCAUGAAACAGCCAAACCAAAAGUCGUUUGAAGUCAUGAAGAAAGAGCAAAUGAANAACAUCGAUCAGAUGCCUAAUGAUGUAGGCUUGAUCCCUGCUACUUUCAUCAUGCCUACUGGAAACCGAUUGCCUUCUCUUACUGCCAACUUCAGCACGAGAUUUGCGUUGGAAAAGCACCGUGCUUGGGUGCGCAUAAAGGAGAUUUUUGGCCGCCACUGGAUGGGCUACUUCCAUGUAAAACCCCGCGCAGACUUCCAAACCUCCGCCAUCCCCUCGAUCGCAAAAUCCCUCUACCUAGACAUGUACACCGCCUUCGCAUCCGGAAACCUCGCCCCCAUAGCCCCAAAACUCUGCGAAAAUGUCCACAUGUCCCUGGAGCAAAGAAUACAACAAAGAGGCCCCAAUGUCGGCAUCGCAUGGACUUUGCACAACUGGACCUCAGAGCCCAAAGUCGUGAGCCACAAAUACAUGCCCAUGAGCUUGGAAGACAACAAGGACAAGACGAAACAAACCACGAUCCAGCAGGUCUGUGUGAGGAUGCAGAGUUUGCAGAGUUUGAAGAAGGUGAGGAGGGUUAAGCAGGGGAAUAAGACGGUGGAGGUUAUGGAGGAGGGAAGUUCGGCUGCUCCAAAGCCUGUUACUGAGUAUCUGGUUGUCCAGAGGUUGUGUAAAAGGGGAAAGAUGGGUCCUUGGAUGGUUUGGGGUACUACUACCGAGUCUGAUCCGAAGGAGGCUCUUGCAAAAUAA